AUGACUUUUUUCACUUUAACUUUUGCGUCAUCAGUAGCAACAACAAAAUCGUCAUCAAUUGUCGAUUUUAUUUGCCAAUUAUUAUAUAUUUAUUUAAAUCCAAUAUUUCAAAGUACACUUAAACAACUAACUCAAUUAGUUUUUGAAUUUGGUGAAAAAGUUUCACAAAAUAUUCCAUAUGAAUUAAGUCGUUUAAAUAAAAUUACACCAGCACCAUGGGUUUCGCAAUUAUUUGGUGAAGUGAAUUCAAUAGCAGAACAAUGGAAUAAUCAAGUAACACAAUUUUUUGCUACUAUUCCAACUAUAUUUGAAAAAAAUGGUAGAAGUUUAAUGAAUUUUUCAACAAUAAAAGAAACAUUAUACAAUGCUGUGGAACAUGUUCUAGGAGAAUUAAAGAAAUUAUUCCUUGAUAAUAUUAAUGAAACGAUUAUUUCAAUUUUUAAUAGAUUUGAUUUAAUGGAAUUUAUUGGCCGUAAACGUGCUAUAUUUACUAUUGAAAAUUCAUUAAAUGUUUUUCAAAAGCAAGUAUCCGAUAUAUUUGAUAAAACAAAAGAACAAUUAAAUCAUACUAUUGAUGAUGCAAUAAAUUUUGUUUCAACAUUUUGGGAUGAUGUCAAAGAUCGAUUUCUUGGUUAA